AGGCGAGAAGCAGGAAACGCGGCUCCGAAGUUGUCGGGACGAGAAAGCGCUUCGGCUCCCGAACUCUCCGGCGCCAGGCUUUGUUAUGGCGAGGCAGGAUCAGUUCAUACCACCAAAUGAGGAUGGUGAUUUUGUCAACGACUAUGAUGUCAUCACCGAUGAAGAGAUUGAAGAGAUUAAGGAUGCCCUUGAAGAAGGGAGAAUGGACAGAGCCAUUUCCAAGGUUAUGGAAAACCUUCAGGUCCUGGAGAACAUCCCCUUGAACAUAGCAGUAACUGGAGAAUCUGGGUCAGGGAAGUCCUCCUUUGUCAAUGCCAUCCGAGGGUUAGGAGACGACGAAGCUGCUUCUGCCCCCACCGGGGUAGUGGAGACCACAGAGAAGCCCACACCUUACCCACACCCCAAGUACCGCAAUGUCACUCUGUGGGAUCUGCCUGGAAUUGGAACGCCAACAUUCCACACCAGCCUUUACCUGGAGCAGGUUCACUUCCCCUCCUACGACUUCUUCAUCCUCAUUGCCUCAGAACGCUUCAAGGUCCAUCAUGUCCAGCUGGCACAGGAAAUCCGUCGCCGGGGGAAGCAUUUCUAUUUUGUGCGCUCCAAAGUGGAUGCAGAUUUGGAGGCCAGCAGAAAACGCCGGCCACAAACUUACAAUGAGGAGACUAUCCUGGAACAGAUACGAAAAAAUUGCCGGGCGCAUUUAUUGGACAUGAAAAUGCCCGAUUCCAAAGUGUUCCUUCUCUCCAACUGGGAGUUUGAUAAAUACGACUUCGGGAUGCUGGAGGAAACCUUGGAGAAGGAACUGCCAAGCCAUAAGAGACAGGCUUUUCUCCUGGCCUUGCCAAACAUCUCUCUAAACAUCCUGCAGAAAAAGAAGAUGGCUUUACAGAAAGAGAUCUGGAAGCUGGCUAUUGUCUCCGCUGGAGUGGCUGCUGUGCCCAUUCCAGGCCUCGGGGUUACCUGUGAUAUAACCAUCCUGAUCAAACACCUCUCAAAAUACCUCAACAGUUUUGGCCUGGAUGAGGAAUCUCUUACCAGGUUGGCUAAGAAGGCCAACAAGCCUGUGGAGGAGAUCAAAGAGGUAAUAAACUCGCCGUUAGCUAAAGAGAUCUCCAGAGACUUAGUUCUAAAGCUGCUCACCAAAGCUGGCGGUGGGGCACUAAUGUACAUGGAGUUCUUCGUCAGCGCAAUACCCAUACUUGGUUCCGUGGCAGCUGGAGGAAUCUCCUUUGGUACCACCUACUACAUGCUCAAGAGCUGCCUGGACGAGGUGGCCAACGAUGCUCACAAUGUUUUCAUCAAGGCUUUUGAGUCUGAGGUCUGAAGGAAUUCAGACCUUGAGGAACCGAUUGGGAACGAGCACUCAAUUAGUGUUAAUUGUACUGAAUCAAAUACUUCGUAUUUUCACCAGCCCAUAACUAAAUUCACCAACUAGAAGAGGGGAAAAGAGACAUGAAGCACAAAACUUCACCUUUUGCAAUAAUUUAAUUUUUUAUGAUAGCCGAGGGGUGGGUUACUUUAUUUCCAUUUAUCGCAAGAUAUAAAGAGUGAGUAUGACGGAUUCCAGGAUAGAAUUAUGCCAUCAUUGCAAAACGAGACUUCCCAGUGUUCUUUGAGGGAAAAGACAAAUAAGGAUGAAGUUGGUUUGAAUUUGGAAAGCACAAAUUGUCCUGUAUUUAGGAUUUCCUAUAUUUGACACAUUCUUUAACUGACCAAACCAUCAAAGCUGAC